AUGGCCUCGGGCCGCCAGGAGGCGGGCGAGGAGCAGAGGAGGAACGAGGGUCAGGUAACACCGAUCCCUUCGCAGGGCAAGAAGCCGCCCUCGGUGCUCAGCCACAUCGUGAGCGGCAUCUGCGGGUCCCUCUUCGCCGAGCAGGUGCUCUUCCCGCUGGACACGAUCAAGGUCCGCAGCCAGACGUCGGCCGCUGGGCAGUCUGGGAGUUUCAUCGCCGUUGCCCUCAAAGUCUUCCGGGGGGAGGGCAUACUCGGCUUCUACAAAGGCCUGCCGGGGGCGCUCUUCAAGGAGUCCUUUCACAGCGCCAACUUCUGGAUAUGGCACACGCUGAUCGUGCGGAACGCGGUCCUGCGCAAGGAGGGCCCCUCCAGCAUGCUGUGGAAGAAUUUCAUUUGCAAGGUAUUGAACUGGCUUUGCACCACGCCCCUGGAGGUGCUUUCCACGCUGAACCAGACUACCCCGGGCAACUUGGGCCUUUUCGGGUGUGCCGCCAUGCUUUACAGCCAGGGCGGGCUCGGGGAGCUCUACCGUGGCCUGCCUAUCUCUUGCGCAUUGGCCAUCAACCCGGCCAUCAUGUUCGUGCUGAUCGAGGAGCAAAAAAAAAUCAUCACAUUCCUCCGCAUGCGGAUGGGUGAGGACGGCCCCAGCGCCCGCCAGCACGGGCCCUUGGUACUGUUUUAUCUGGUGCCGGCGGGUACCACCGCGAUCGCCAAGAUCCUCGCCACCGUCGCCACGUACCCGUUCAUCCGCGCCAAGGUCCUGAUACAGGUGCGCGGGGGGGGCCUGCUCUCGGUGCCCUCGGUGCUGCGGCAGAUCGUGGGCGAGGAGGGCUACGGCGGCCUCUACAAGGGCAUCGUGGCCAUGACCUGGAAGACAGUCCUGCACAACGCCCUGAUGAUGUCGCUGAAGCACUACCUCAGCCCCUUGAAGGCCAUGACGCCGCCGCCCUCCCCCCGGUCGAAGGCGCGGGAGCCGCCCGCGACCUCCUACCGGGCCGUGGUGCCGGUCGAGGUGAUGGCCGAGAAGCUGGACCAGGUCAUGGAGACCUUCGGCACCGCCUCGCUCGAGAAGUUCCAGAACAUCGAGUACCGGACGCAUGCGGUGGAGGGCAGCAUCAAUCAGGUUCAGACCGAGAUUCGUAGCCUGUCCAGCGACAUGCAGCAGAUCAAGAAUAUGCUGGUCGCAAUGAACGAUCGGAAGAACAACUCGUGA